AUGUCCGGAGUGUGCCUGCCGAGACAGAUCCGCAGGAUUAUCCCCGGAUGCCUGGCGGCCAUCUUGUUUGUGUCUUAUCUUUCUAUCACGGACACGUUUGGCGAGCUAAGUGAUGGUCUAUCUUACCGAUCCUGUGAAACCCACCGAUUUUUCCCUAAGAAGAUCUGGCAAUCAUGGAAGGUUGCUCCAUUCGAAUUCGAGGAGCGUGACCUGGCCGUGGCUCGCAGCUGGACGUCCAAGAACCCCAGCUAUCGCUACGAAGUACUGACUGAUCAAAAUGAUCUUUACUACGUUGAGACCCACUUUGGACCUGACGGGUUUAAUCGCCCGGACAUUGUGGACACUUAUCGCUCUCUUACGGCACAAAUCAUCAAAGCAGACCUACUUCGAUAUUUGAUCAUGUACGUUGACGGCGGAGUUUGGGCCGAUAUUGACGUCGAGGCUCUCCGCCCAAUUGACCGAUUUAUUCCAGAACGCUACGAUGAGCACGAUAUCGAUGUCGUUAUUGGAGUCGAAAUCGAUGAACCAGAUUUUAAUGAUCAUCCCAUCCUUGGGCAGAAGUCGCAGUCGUUUUGCCAGUGGACCUUCAUGGCCAAACCACGGCAGCCUGUGAUGAUGCGGUUGGUCAAUCACAUCCUGGAGUGGCUAAAUGAGCUUUCCGUCAAACAAGGCAAGCCCAUCGCGGAAUUGGAGUUGGACUUUGAUGAUAUCAUAAGUGGGACAGGACCAUCUGCGUUCACAUCAGCGGUGUUGGCCGAGAUGAGCAUCAACGCGGGGCACGAGGUGACAUGGAAGACCUUCCAUAAUAUUCCCGAGUCCAAGCUUGUUGGAGGCUUUCUCGUCCUCACCGUAGAGGCAUUCGCAGCGGGUCAAGGCCACUCCGACAGUGGGAACCAUAACUCCCGCAGUGCCUUGAUCAAGCACCAUUACCACGCCUCGGGAUGGCCCUCCAAGCAUCCACGGUAUAACCACCCGGUAUACGGCGAAGUUGAGCGAUGCAAUUGGAACAAGGAUUGCGUAGCGCAAUGGGAUUCAAAUACCGCCGCAUUUGCUGCGCUUUCCCCAGAGGAACAAGAACAUCAGAUCGCUCUCAAAAGAGCUUUAGAUGGUGAAGCAAACCCGGUUCAAGACCAAACAGCCUGGGUUAACCCUGAGCCCGAUCCGGAAUGGCAGCAACCGGAGUGGCAGCCAGAGUGGCAAUGAUCUCCUUCUUGAGAUUGACGGCUAGCUUCACGAGGCUGGGAGCGUGACUGACUCACGUCAAGUAUCACAGUCACAGUGUGAGCAAGAGCGUUUUAAGGAGCACAUGAUAACCUUCCAGUGGAUUGAGCCUAAGAGGGUUGAGCCUAAGAGGGACCAGGAAUGGCUCACUGAAGAUAUUCCUAUCCGCUCCUCUUUCCUAUCCUCCAUGAAGAAGAAAGUGUUGCAGCAUUGAUCUGAAGCUUUUCAUGGUGCGGCGU